UCCAAAGGAACCCCACAGAAUAAACACCAAAAACUCCAUUUUUUUGCACACAAACACUUCUCUUCUUCUUCUUCUCUCACUGUUCAACGAAAUAUCUGGUAGAGAGAGAGAGAUACUUGUUCAGAAAAUACUCAAAAAUCCCACAAAAACAUUUCCCUGAGAUUGAAGAAGAAGACUGAAAAGGGGAAAAAUGAAGAUUCGUUGUGAUGUUUGCGACAUUGAAGAAGCCUCUGUUUUUUGCCCCUCCGACGAAGCCGCCCUCUGCGCCGCCUGUGACCGCCAAGUCCACCGCGCGAACAAGCUCGCCGGCAAGCACAGCCGCUUCUCUCUCAUCCCAUUCGCCGACGCCGCCGAAUUACCGCCGCCGUGCGAUAUUUGCCAACUCCGGCGAGCUGUUCUGUUCUGUAAAGAAGACAGAGCAAUCCUCUGCAGCGAAUGCGACAUUCCGAUCCACGAAGCCAACGAACACACGCGGAAUCACGGCCGGUUUCUCCUCACCGGAGUGAAGAUUUUGCCGGCGACGGCGUCCUCCACCGGCGCCGGCCGGGUUGAAGGGGCAGCCAUUGAUGCUGAAAAAAUUGGGUUCUCCAGGGCCUCGAGAAAGAGGGCUAAAAUUGGGUCUAAUGGGUUGCUUCGAGAUCCCCUAAUGGAGGAAUUUCAGCCAUCGAUUGGGAAUUUGGAGUUUGAAGAAAGUGGAAUUAGUGAUGGGGUUUCGUUUUCCAAGAGCAGUAUUUCAGAGUAUCUUGAGAGUUUGCCUGGAUGGUGUGUGGAGGAGUUUCUUGAUUCAUAAUGUGCUACAGAUUUUUUUCUGUAAAGUUUGAAGCUUUUUUUCCCCCAAAUUUAGAGAGAGAUUCUUUGUGAUGUUUUCUUUUGGUGGAUUUAAGAAAAACAAUGUUUUCUCUCAUGUUAUCACUUGGGAAUUUUGG